ACUCUGGUAAAGCAUAACCCAAGACAACACACUGCUGUUUAUCGCAUCGUCUUUUGACAAAACACCCAUUCUGACAAGAUGGCGUCGUCGUUGGGGUCUCGCGAAACCUUCGAUGGUAUUCGCGGCAAGAAGUCCAUGAUCAUGAACCCCAAGCCGCGUGGCGAGGGCAUGACCGCGGCGGACUUGUUCGCGCGGGAGCCGCCGAAGGGCAAGGAGUUCAAGCGCGUCAGCAAGCAGCUCGACGAUCUGCUCGCGGAUGUGAAAAUCGACAAGGACCCGCCAGCGGGAUCGCGGUUUUACAUCGCCUGCCCUGUCAUGAAGGUGCAAGUCGACAUCACGUGGCGCAGCAGGCAGGCCCGCCCGCCGCUCGACCAGAAUACCAAGGUAAAAAUACAUACUUGUUUACCGCUAUGAUUCAACAUGCUCUUGGUAGUAAUGUCAACCUUCUGUUUGCAUGGGUCGCGACUGCGAGACAAAGAGUAUAACCGCGUCUUUUUUUCCCUGCUAUUCUCACUCAAUUUAGAUGUACGAAAAAGGCAGGUCUAUUUUAUCAAAAAUUUCGUCGUCCUAUCACAGGUCUACUGCGCUGGAGCCGCGGUGUGGUUGGACCCGCCAGACCAGGGAACUUGCCGCAUGCCGAUCACCAUGAUGCCGCCCAACAGCGGAAAACAGCCCAUCUACUGGGUUACCUACUACGACGGGAAGGAAGUCGACGCUAUGAAGCGUUUUUGCCUUGCUCCGGUCGAGGACGAACUGCUCUACUUCCGCGUGUGGCUGGCACACAAGUACUGAACAGGCUAGUUUUCAUCUUGAGCGUUGCAAUUUGACGAGGAAUUUUUCAUUGUGUGAGUAGGCAUGUUAGCAGGGAAUUUUCAUUUAUUUUGUGAACAGGAAAUCGAAAGUAACAUCAUCAUCAUGCACUAAUUCCCACGAAACUUGCGCACAAAUCGGAACAAUCGCUACAGGUACGGCAAGAUGUUGCGUGGUUCCGACGGCAUGGCGGACACGACGUGGUGGUACAAGUUUUACCAGCUGUUGGAUACCGACCGCUCCAACUCCGUCUCCAUGGAGGAGUUCCAGGUGGGGCUGGCCAAGAUGUGCUACCCCAGCGCCGACGCCGACGACGAGGUGGCGUACGAGCGCCGCGCCAACCUGUUGCACCUGUUGGACGAAGACGGGUCCGGAGAUUUGUCCUUCGAGGAGUUCGGCUCCGUACUGGGGAUCGACCCCAAGGAGGUAGCGAAAAAACACCGCGAGCACAACGAGGAGGAUAUCCUGAGUAAAAACGUACCCACACCAGAGUUGUAAUGCAGAUUUGCAAAGACAAGAAGACUUGUAAUGCGCAUCCCCAUGAGAGCCAUUUCCAGUCGUGUUGUGGAAUUUGUGACGCUGUGAACAGGAUGAGCAGAUGAAUCUGUGAUGCGGCUGCACUUGCUAACCUGCACUACACUGCAUAGUGCAACUUGUCAUGCGUGACUCACAAAACUCCUAGGCUUGUGUUGCAAAAUCCUCAUCCUGACUCUGGUGUUGGUACGUUUUUACUCAGGAGAGCGGACCGGAUCAACGCGGUGCGGGACGCGGUCAACGCCAACACCUUCAUCGACGAGGACGUGUACGUGGUUGGAAAGGAUGGCAUCAAGCGGUACAGCUCGCAGAAGGCCUACAACAAGUGGAUCCGCAAGCGCGACAACGCGUCGCGGAAGAGGACCAACAACGAGGCGCAGCGCCACACCUCCAAGAUCUACAAGAACACGGACAUGCAGAAAGCCUUCAAACGGUGGUACGACUGGAUGUUCGUGAAGUCGCAGGACGAGCUGUGGGCGAAACACCCCAAAGUGUGGUGCACCCGCAUGAAGAUCUCGCCCUCCGACAUGAACCCCGGGCACCGGGACUACUUCGGGAAGCCCGGUUAUGGAUGUGUCAGAGUUGAAAUCGACAAAGUUGAAAUAAUUUGCCAUGCAUAAAAUGGAUGCCAGUUGGAACCCAGUUUCCAAGUGGCGCAUGACAAAUUUCGGUGGUCCCUAAAUCCAGUUUGUCAUGCUGUUUAGGCAAAGAAGAGUGAUUUUCUCGUGCUACUUUAGCAGCUCGAGCUGUAACCCCAAACAGGCUUACAAUCGGCCUCACUUGCCUGCUCUGCAACACACGUACCUCGGGUCAUGCAUUUUAUGCAUUACAGAUUAUUUCAACUUUGACGAUUUCAAACCUGACAGUUCCAUACUGGUCUCUUCAACGGCGAGAAGGAGAUCGAGGCGCAGAUGGAGCGCGACGCCGCACCGCCGGAGUAUUGAGAGGAAAAAUCCCCCCUCCCCAUAUUGAAAAGGCAUGUUCCCAAAAAUUUUGUGUUGCGGAUUUGAGGUAACAAAUCACAUCUGUCUUGCAAGAAGACAACGGCAGAAGCUUCCGCCCCAUUAUGGAAGCGAUUUGUCGUGCUGUCUGGCCUAAAGGGGGGCCGUUUGCCAUGCUGAACUACUAGACCCAUACGCCCCUACUAGACCCAUACGCCCCUACUAGACCCAUACGCCACUAGACCCAGCGCCUCUGUGCAAUACAAAGCUCAUUUGUGGUCACAAAUCAGCAUCACAAAUUUCCGCUUUGAUAUGGGGAGGGGGGAUUUUUCCUUUGGAUACGGAGCGCCGCGUCCCCAUGACGGAAGAGUUUGCGCAGCUGCGGGAGCACCUGUGCGAGAUGUACCAGGUGGAUAACCUGGCGGAGACCGACACGCAGCGCAAGAUCUUCGAGAUGAUCGACGACAACGGCAACGGAUCGCUGUCCGCCACCGAGUUCACCCAGGCCUUGGUAUCCCACGAAAAAACUGUUUCACUGUGAUGAUUUUGCAAGAACCGCAUCACAAGUUUGCUACACAUGACCCAGAAAAUUUGCCAUGCGCGUUUCCCAAGGGAAAGCACGCUUAAAAAUCCAAUGUCUUGCAGGUGUAGCAAGACAAACAGUUUGGUGUUUUGUUCUCUGCAUCACAGGUUCACAGUGAAACAGUUUUUUCAUGCGAUACUUGGCGCACGUCAUCCACUACCCACCCGGGCCCACGACCAUCGGCACCCGGACCCGCCGAAACCGCAUCUUCCUAUGCAAGAAAAAAACUGUGUAAGUGUAAAUCUGUGAUGCAGAAAAUGCAAAACAGUCACAAUUGUCAUGCCACACAGCCAUGAAGUCCUUUUUUCAUGUGUAUUUUCCCUUACGAGCCACGCAUGACAGGUUUUCUCUGUCAUGUAGAGCAAAUUUGUGAUGCUGUCAGCCAAAGAAAGUUACACUAACACAGUUUUUUUCUUGGAUACUUCCACACGCUAGACUACAACGCACAGGGCGAGCUGGACUUCGACAAGCUGCGCAAGGGACUGUUCGAGGGACCCAUCGGCUUAACUGCCCUGUUCGCGAAGAACAAAAAGCCAUAAUAAGUAUACCGAGUUGUACUUGUGCUGUUUUUAGAGCACAAGGAUCGACUUUCAAUACGAGAGUUCCUGGAAUUUUGCUUACAGAUUUAUCAACCAUAGUUAGAAGAAUUUCCGUUUUUGUACAGUAAUGGCUCAUGUUCAAGUAGCAUUUUGGCGCCCUGCUCCACGCACGUGGUAGGACGACACAACAUCAUGUUUGUUAGAAAGAACCUUCUGCAUUUUGCUUACCUUUUUGUCCUGAAUCGUGCGCGAACAAAUCAUCUCGACAUCACGUGUGAUGAGAGUUUUUCGUGCGCAUUCAGAUCUGUGUAGUAUCCGACGACUGCAUAAAAACCGUCAUGUGCACGCAUACCCUGCUUGUACAUGGAGUUUUGAGAAAGCAUUCUGAUCCCCUCCCCCGAACCCUCGUCAACAUUCUUGCCAAGGAUUGCGAUGAUUUCCACUAUUCAAGAUCCAUUGCGUGAAUCAUACAAUAUGUUGUAGUACCCCUGCACCUGCGCUUCUUUUGUACUGGUUCAUGAUGUGCAAUAGGUUUAUGACUCCUUCCAGACUCUCCCAACAAUGAAUGAAGAAGAAUAAAAAUACCAGUACAAAUACAAUUCACUCGAAAUAAUACAUGGCAUUUUCUGCACGAUCGCGGACCUCAGUUCCAUGCGUUUAGCGCGUGCGCUACCAAGAU